AUGGCCGAAAACGUAUUUUUGUUCGUUCCAAAUUUGAUAGGCUACGUUCGUAUAUUUCUUGCCAUUCUGUCAUUCUACUACAUGGCCGUUAGUCCAGUAAUAUUUGCAACAUGUUAUCUGCUCAGUGCUUUUCUGGAUCAAUUUGAUGGAUAUUUUGCUCGUCGCCUAGGCCAGGUAUCAAAAUUUGGAGCAAUGUUGGACAUGCUUACAGACAGGUGUGCAACAACGUGUCUUAUGGUGAUGUUGAGCGAGUUCCUUCCCUCGUAUCGCGUUGUCUUCCAGUUUCUCAUUUCACUGGACAUCAGCAGUCACUGGUUACACAUGUACAGCUCGCUGAUAAAAGGUGACGAAAGCCACAAGAUCACAACAAACUUCUUUCUUCGUCUGUACUACUCCUCCUGGACUUUUCUGUUCAUCAUGUGUAUGGGAAACGAACUGUUUUUUGUCGCGUUGUACUUCAUUCACUUUUCAUACGGGCCAACAGUUUUUACUGUGAACGACGUUCCAGUUGGUUUGUGGUCAUUAGUUGCCUACGUCAAUUUCCCGAUAUUUUUCCUAAAACAAUUGAUCAGCGUGAUUCACUUGGUGACGGCCUCACAAAACGUUGUUGCUUUCGAUGUCGCUGAAAGACGGAAGACUAACAGUUGACCAAUGGAAAUUAUUUAGAUCGGAACGAAUAAAGGAAAUUUGUAAUUGGUAGCCAUUUUUGAAGCCAACAUGGCGAACUUGAAGCUAAAUUGAGGACUAGUGCAAGUCUCUUUUAAAUGUUUUUGUUGAUCAGAUAAUCAACUGUGCUGACAUAAACAAUGGUCCAAUUCGCUGGGGUGAAAAACACAAGAAUUAC